AUGCGGCUAACUUUUUAUAUGAUAGUUGCCAUCCGGUUGACACUGAGUCUUUCAUUAAAAUACAUCUUAAAAUCUCUUGAAGAAGAGCUGUUUUAUGAGUCUAUUCUUAUUUUGGAAGGUUCAUCUCAAAGUGAUACAUGUUGGAAACAAAAAGACAUUCAGGAAGAAGUUCCCGUUUUAAACUUAAAUGCAAAUCAAAGUUUGUAUCUAAAAGAUACGUUUAACACAGAUAUUCUUGUUUUAGUUUGCAUUCACAAAAACGAAGGAAAAACCCUGCAGGCUCUGUAUUCAAAUCUGGAAGAUAUGCGUGAUACACCCACCGUUUUAUUCGUUUUUUCGGGUUAUAAUAUCCGGGAUUUGUUAAAGAAGUGCUUCCAAAAUAAUAUGCUCAAUGUGGUGGCUUUUAAAGGUCAAGACAGAGAGUUUAUCUACAGCUUCCAGGCAUUCCCAAGCUUUCAAUUGAUUAAAAGACCUCUAAAGAAAGUUCGUAGAUAUUUCGAGCCGCAACUUGAGAAUCUGGGUGGCUAUACCCUAAAGGCACUACCCGACAACAUAAUACCGCGAACUGUGGUUUACAGGAGUGCCGAUGGAAAUCGCCAGUUGACUGGAUACCUCUUACCCUUCAUCCGGAAUUAUUUGAGCACCAUUAAUGCGAAUCUCAAAAUCUGCUGGGAACUGAUUCCGGAGGAGGGAAUGGUUCAGCUGCCGGAAGUAAUCAGGCUCUCGGAGAUCAAUGGCGUGGAUUUCCCGCUGGGCAUCCACGGAAUUGAGCAUGGAUCGACCAAACAAUACGUAAUGAUGGAAACCUCAAGCUGGUUCCUGAUGUUACCCGCGGAACCCUGGGUCCCCCGAGCUCAUUUCUUCAUUUCAUUGGGCUUGGAGAAGGUCUUACCACUAAUGUUACUAAUGGCUAUGGUGCUAAGUAAUGCCCAUCGCAUAGAAAUGGGACUGGGUCCCAGUUGGCGCUGCUACGUCCUGGGAGAUAGGGUCCUGCGAGGCUCCCUGGCACAACCAUUUAUCCUACCCAAAGGACUAUCUGCCAAGAUGAUGUUCAUUUACUGGUUGCUCCUGCUUUAUGGAUUCUUUGUGAGUAACUACUAUGUGGUGCAUCUGGAAACCUGGCUUGUAGAUCCACCUACGGGCUAUGUAAUCCGAAGCUGGGAUCAAAUGCGAAACCUCAACUUGAAGGUUCUAACUGUACCUACCGAAUUUAACAUCAUGACGCAAGUCCUAGGCAACGAUUUUAUAAAUGACAAUAGCAAUAUUAUUAAAAUAUCCAACUCAGAGGAUUUCCAAAAUAAGCGCCUAUCCAUGGACCAAUCUUACGCUUAUCCUGUCACCCAAACUUUGUGGCCACUUCUGGAGCAAGGACAAGUCAGACUUCGGAAACGCAUCUUCCGACGAUCUCGGGAGUUGGUGCUUAUACCCUUUUUGAUUAUGGCCAUGCCGUUGCCGAAAAACUCAGUCUUUCACAAGUCACUCAAUCGAUACUGGGCACUCACACAGCAGAGCGGACUAUACGAAUUCUGGUUUAAACGGAGCUUCAACGAUUUGAUUGCCCUUCGUAAAAUAAACUAUAAAAUAGAUAAGUACAAUCAAGCGUAUCACGAUUUCGAAUGGCUAGACUUGAGCUUUGUGUGGUUCACCUUUAUGGGAGGUACUCUCAUAAGUUUUCUAGUUUUCCUAGGCGAGAUUGGACACUACUGGUGGAAUUUGAAAAGGAUACCAAACUUUAUUGGUUUUUAA